CUCUUUUUUUCUUUCCAGAGUGACAUGGCUGAAACACCGCAAACAAUCGAUUUCGUCGAACCGGAGGCAGACCACCGGAUGCGCCAUCAUCGUUUCUUUCGACAGCAGCUUCACGAGCUGGAGGUUAAACAGACGGCAAUGAAGCGACAAUUAAAUGACAUCUUCAACCACCGAAUGGCGGAUCGGUUGCGAAGCUUGGAAAUUGAACAGCGUAGGCUGGCCAACGCGAACUUCAACAUUAGCCGUCAGGUGGCCAGCUUGGAUAAACUGCACGGUUCGAUGCUGGAGCUGCUGGAGGACGUCGAGGGAAUCCAAAACAAGUUCGAGAAAACUCUGCCCGAUAUCAAGCGGGAAAUUUCCAAGGUGGAGUUCAAUGCGGCACAGAUUUCCUCCGAACAGGGUCUGCUGAGGGAGGAAGGACAUAACAUAGCGAAAAGUAUACAGGCGAUGGCUGUCAGUGUCAGCACCUUGCAAGAUGAGCGGGAAAAUGUGCGAAAACUUGAGGAGCAGAUUCAGGUCAUGAAACGAGACCUGGAUAAAAUCAAGUCGGCUGCCCUGCUGCACAGAGAGAUGGCUCACAACCGGUGGGAAAAGCUGGAAGCUGAAUCCCGCAUGGAUUACAACGUGUCCUCGAAGCUGACCGAACUGCAACGAACGACGAAGCUGGUGCAACAGUUGGAAAACGUCGAGAACGAGUACGAGACCAUAAUCAAUAAGCUACCCCGAGAUUGCACCAAAAUCCAACAGAUGAAAACGCAGGGAGAAGUCAGCCAGAGCGGCGAAGGGAAUCUUUAUCUGAUUGCCCCGGCCGGCCAGCAUCAUCCUCUGAUGACACAGUGUUUCAACGAGUGGACCACAAUCCAACGACGCCAGGACGGUUCGGUGGACUUCAAUCGUUCUUGGGAGGACUAUGCCAAUGGCUUCGGAUCGCCGGCCGGGGAGUUUUGGAUCGGUAACCAAGCGUUGCACCAUCUUACCAACGACAAUUGCUCGAUGCUUCGUAUUGUGAUGCAGGAUAUCUACGAUAAUACCUGGUUUGCAGAUUACGAUGCAUUCAGAAUUGGCUCACGGGAAGAUGGGUUCCGCCUGGAGCUGGCCGGAUACGACGGUAAUGCUUCGGAUGCCUUCGAGUACCAGAAUCAUAUGCAAUUUUCUGCCAUCGAUGUCGAUCGGGAUAUUUCCAACACACAUUGUGCUGGCAAUUACGAAGGGGGCUGGUGGUUUUCCCACUGUCAGCACGCCAAUUUGAAUGGUCGGUACAAUCUGGGCCUGACAUGGUUCGAUGCAUCCCGGAACGAGUGGAUUGCGGUCAAGUCCAGCCAUAUGAUGAUUGCCCGGCGAGCACGAUGUACCCUUGCCGGGGAUCGCGAAAGAGGGGAUGAGGGCUUGCACAGUCCGGUAAUUGCGGAACCAUUUUCUUCCGCAUCGACGGUGGCGAUCUCGAAGUAUGAAACCACCUUGCUGACCACAUUAUCGUCCCGGCGGUCAACCGAUUCCGGAGUCUAGAAGUUUGAAGAAAAGCAAAAUGUAAAAUAGCUGUAGGAUGUGCUCUGAUUCUCUUUGGUUUGUAAAUUACUUACUAGGAGGGACCGGCGGAAAUGGUUUUAUUUUGCAACAUGUGUAUGUGUGUUUGUAAGUACGCCUGUACAGCAGUAGGGGAUAGCAUCAUAUCAGUUCGAGGUGUAGCAGCUCAUCUGAGAUUUGUUAAAAACAGAAGCCAACCUUGAUCCCAGUGAACAAAUCGGUUCCAGUUAUCACCAUACUAUUUUGUAUAUUCAGUGUACUUAGCCAGAGAUUUCAACUAGCAUAAAGAACUAUAUAAACUUCUGCCGGUCUAGUGACCAAUUAAUAUCGUGGAUCUGAGCAGGUAUUUUAAAUUGCCAUCAAAAAGGUUAUUAGUUUUUCCCGAUGAAGGGUAAUUUCUUCCAUUCGACCACCCAACCUACCAAGCAGCAAUCCAACUGAGCAUACUGAGCUCGUUGGAAACCCCACUCAACGGCAAGAAAAGGAAAUUUAUUCUGGCUGAUUACUUUUUUAUGGCUAUUUUAUCCGUGUUUUCCGAAAUUCUGCGGUGGAAAAUUUUACGAUAAUGCUACAGUGUGUUCGUUCUCCUGCUUCUUUUUUCCAAUUAGAUUGUAUGUUCAUCGGUAUAAUUUUAGACGGCCGAUGUGUGGGUGAAAUUUGGAAUCCGGAUGUUUUUCGGUUAAGACAUGCACGUAACUGAUAAAGUUUUAUUGUUUUAAGUUGGUCGAAAUUGUAACAUUUUAUUUAACAGACUUUAUUUAUUCUCUAUUUAUUCGAAAUUUACUUUUACAAAAAUUCCAAUAGAAAAUAAUCUUCUUUAGUGUCAGGUUUCCAUUAUCUAAAUGAUACAUUAAUCAACAGGAAUGCUAGUGUUCUAAGAUUAACUCUACUACAGUCAGUCGCUGUAGAGUCAAUAUUUUUCUUGCUUUAGUACUACUUUGGACAGGAAAAGGCGGACUUUCUAGUUUGUUCUAUUAUCUUAAUAUUAAAAAAAAAAAACGUUCUGAUGGCUUAAUGGAUGAAUCUCUUGAACAAACAUUCAGCAAUUUGCAAAAACGAUGAAGGAGUCGGUUCAACUUUUACGCUAUCUUCUCCUUUAAUAUUGAAAAGUAUAAUUUACAAACAAAUUCAUCAAAGUUUAGAUUUUCCUUUUCGAAUGAGAUUGUAAAUUAGUAAAUAAUGAAAGAAUGUGAACUUUUUUCUAGUCGUUCAAUUCUGCUCCUAUGUUGUUUGCAUUUAUUUAAUGAAGUGGAACCGGUAAUGCUUCGGGGAAUUUCUUAUAUUUCAAAUAUUUAAAUGAUACAAGUAAGUAACACUUUCUUGAAUGUUUUGCAAUUGUGUGCAAUGGAAGAUUGCAUAGCGCUUGCUUUUUGCACCCAGAAACGAGCCUAAACCUUUAGGUCAGAUUGACAUUUCCCUUCUGGGAUGAUGACAGGUUCCCUAAAAAAUUAUCUUCUAUGACAAAAUAAGUCGUUCGUUCAAUUUUCUUGAGAGCAUUUUCUUGUUAGAUUGAAAACCAUACGCUAAAAGUUGUGUCGAUAAGUUAAAAUGCAGUCGAAUUUCGCUGUUGACAAAAAUAUCUUUUAGUGGAAAAACUGGAAAAACAUUGCAAACAAUACCAAAGAUAUUAAAACGCAUCAUAAACACUGAAAUUGGUUCAUAACCGUAAAUUGUUUGCUUCAAAUUCGCGAAAAUAGAAAAUAAUUCUUAAUUUCCUGUAUAACAUGGCAAGCACAAUGAUAAUAAGAGUAUAUAAAAGACAACCAAUGUUUUGUGACAAAGCAAAGGCGAAAGAAAAUCCAUAUAAAUCGAACUGAAGGACUGAUAAGUAUUUAUGCAUAAUUCCAAUUUAUUUCCAUUUUAAAAAGGUAGUAAAUUCCUCACAUAUCAGAUAAGCGGAAUGAAAUGAAAUUUUAAACAGAAGCUUGUAAAUAUAAGAGAUGGAGCUAAAAAUAAUAAAACUCAUUCAUUACAGGAUUCGAACAAAUCUAAUCUUAAUUUAGGCUAAGGUACUUAAGGUCUCAUUGGUUUUAGCACGAGUAGUUUUUUUCAUUCUAAAAUGGAAAUUAAAAUCCUGUAAGAAUAGGAAGAGAUUAUGAUUUUUAUUAGUGGUAACAGUAAGAGAUAUUAUGCUUGACAUUUUACUGCAAGAAAAAAAUGUAUGAAAUUAGAUAGGCGUUUAGAGCAAGUUGCGAACACCCGAGUCAUGAUUUUGUAAAUAAUUUUAGGUACUGCUGCCGUAUGGCACAUGAUACAAGUCACUUUUAGGUUAUAGUUGAUAAUUUAAAGUAAUUAAAGAGACGAGAAUUUAUUCAUGCAAAUGGAAAGAGAUAUUUAAACUGGAUUACGAAUCAAGUGAAACACUUCUAUAAGUUUUAAUGAAUGAUAAAAAUGUAACA